AUGGUCGUGCAUCACAGCGCGACGUCCGUCAGCAUGGAGGUGGAUCCUCCGCGGAACGCCAACAGCCCGGAUGACCCGAAAACCGCUAACGGCUCAUCGGAAAAUGAGAAGGCAGAGGAUUCAGAAUCAUCGGAAGACGGGCCGCUGGACGUGGGCGAACACUACCUGGUCCGCCGGUACGACGACUCGUGGCAUCCCGCUGAAGUCUUACAUACGAGGUUCAAUGAUACAGAACAUCUUUUUGAGUAUUAUGUACACUAUGAAGGGUACAACAGAAGAUUGGAUCAAUGGGUACCAAGAGAUAGGAUAAUGAAUUCAAGAUUUGACAUUUCUGAAAAAAAUUGGAAACAGAAGGAUGUAAAUAAAAAUUUAGAUCUUCUAAAUCAGUCAGACAGAAAGAUCACAAGGAACCAAAAACGAAGACACGACGAGAUAAAUCAUGUUCCAAUGUCUUAUGCAGAAAUGGAUCCUACUACAGCUGCAUUGGAAAAAGAGCACGAGGCGAUUACAAAAAUUAAAUACAUCAAUAAAGUACAGUUGGGAAAGUACGAAAUUGACACAUGGUAUUUUAGUCCAUUUCCAGCAGAAUACCAAAAAGAACCUAAAAUUUGGAUUUGUGAAUACUGUUUAAAAUACAGCAAACUAGAAAAAUCAUUCAAAUACCAUAUGAGCCAAUGCACAUGGAGACAACCACCCGGUGUUGAAGUGUACCAUAAAGGAUCAUUAUCAAUCUGGGAAGUGAAUUCCAGCCAACACAAAAUGUACUGUCAGAAUCUUUGUCUAUUGGCUAAGUUAUUUUUAGACCAUAAAACACUCUACUUUGAUGUUGAACCAUUUUUGUUUUACAUCCUUUGUGAAGUUGACAAAGUUGGUGCACAUUUAGUUGGAUAUUUUUCAAAAGAAAAAGAUUCACCAGAUUGCAACAAUGUAGCUUGUAUAUUAACCAUGCCACCAUUCCAGAGACAAGGUUAUGGUAAACUAUUAAUCGCGUUCAGCUAUGAAUUGAGCAAGUUGGAAGGACUUGUCGCCAGUCCUGAAAAGCCAUUAAGUGAUCUUGGUAAAUUGUCAUACAGAUCUUAUUGGUCAUGGAUACUGUUGGAAAUUCUGAAAAAUGCGUGUGGAUCUUUAUCAAUUAAAGACUUAAGCGCGAUGACUAGUAUCACACAAACGGAUAUCAUUUCAACUUUGCAGUCCAUGAACAUGGUGAAGUACUGGAAAGGCCAACAUGUGAUUUGUGUGACGCCUAAAAACGUUGAACAGCUGGUGAGUUCAGAACAGUAUAAACGACCAAGAAUCAUAUUGGAAGGAAGUGCUAUCAAAUGGACACCAAAAAAGUACAAUCCUCGCCCAGGACCAUCUAGGCAUUCAAGAUCACAAUACUUAGCUGGAUAA